UUUGAAACUUCAACUAAUUCGUGCUUUCUCUGUUGGAUUUACAACUUGGGUUGGUCAAAUCUGUUUCGAUCUCUUUAACAAGGGCCUAUUUAGACAUCUCUCGAAAGAAAUUAUGAUUUGUUUGGAUUUUUUCAGAGGAAUCAAUGAUACAAAUCCACCUUAUCAUUUGGAUUGGGUCACAAAACAAGAAACACAUUGGGCAGGCUCCUGUUUUCUUGAUUUUUCUGCUCCAUAGCAGUUGCUUGCUUCUCAACAUGCUAUUGCUAAUAAAACCAUUAUCCUGUGCAGACAACAUAUGGCUUGGACUCAUGCUUCAUGGGAGAAGUUUGCUAUAUCAUCCCCAAGUUGUGGAAUGUGAGUUGCUGGUGGUCCCUGCAAGCGAAUUACCAUAUGAGGAACAUGACCCAGUUGAGACAAUUGCAACAUUUUUUAGCUAUGUUAUGUCUGCUAUUGGAGGAAACAGUGCUGGUCCUGGCAAUGCUGUGGUUAAUGUGUACAUCAAGCAUGAGAAGAAGUUUGCUUUUGUGGAUAUGAGAAAUGUUGAAGAAGUGAGCAAUGCAAUGGCAUUAGACGGGAUAACAUUUGAGGGAAGACGAUCCAUGUCCUGAACAAAAAUGAGCAUGCUCUUGAUAUGGCUGCAGCACUUCAUCACCAAUUAGGAGAUACUGACGAGCCAAACGAUGGCAAUGCCUCAAUGAAGUAGAGAACUAAUGGGUUACUUCUUGAUGAUCACCUUAGAGAUCUAGGAAUGUCUGAUGGUUUAAACUAUGAGAAUCAAAUUGCUGUUGG